AUGGACCCCCUUUCGGCUGUAGCCAGCGUCGCCAACGUCGCGGACGCGGUCGCAAAGCUGAGUAGUGCCAUAGCUCAGUUUAGACAGGACUACAAACUUGCAGACGAAGAACUGGAUAUUGCCCGGAGCCAUGCACUUCUGGUGAAGCAAGAAAUUGAAGCAUUAGAAUUCAGAAAACCAUGGAAAAAUACACCACGUCAUAAAGCGACCCCAGGGCUUGAUGGUUUCGACGCACUUGCUGAGACCACACCCCUGAGCAUGGAUGAGACGUCUUUCACCACUGCCAUGUCGACUGCUCGGGGUCUUCUCUCUGACAUAGAGUCGGCUUUCCCCCUUCGCUCUGAGCCGCAUACAUGGAGGAGCAAAGUGAGGUGGGCUAUCAAAGACAAGAAGCUCCUAGCACGGCUAAAAGAGCGGCUCCAAUCUACCGAGAGCACACUGCAAGGGAUUGUAUCAAUGGAGCAACUUGCUACCAGUGAAAAGGCCAUCAAGAUGGCCAUAGUCAAUCAACCGAGUCCACAUUCUCAGCAUGCGCUCAUCCAAGUCCAACUUUCAGAAGUUCAAACGAUGCCACGGCCGUCAUCUCAAGUUAUUCGUAAUAAUCCUGCCAAGACCGGACCUCGAACAGCUAGUUUUGAGAGAUGGGGUAUAUCCACUCGGAUUUUUACUACAUCCAAAGAAAAGGGUACCAGCUAUCAGGCUGGGGUACAUGUGUCACUCUUUGGCAAAAUGUACUCUGUCCAAGUGCAGAUGUCUUUACCAGAAUUCUCCCUAUACCCAACAAUGAAUGUCCGCAACACUGUGUCGGCUAACUCUAGAAUGGCCAUUGCAUGCAAGAGUGGAGAUUUUGACCGCGCUCGCCAAUUACUCGCAAGUGGCGCGGCUCGUGGGAACGAUGUUACUCCUUCGGGAUGGCCAAUGCUUGACUACGCCAUCGAGAGCGGAUCUUCCAAGCUUGUCCGCUUGCUUCUUGAUCAUGGAGCUGAACCCGACUUAACAUAUGGGGAGCACAAUAUGACGGCUUUGCAAUCGUCUUUCCUCCGAGGGGAUCUUACCAUUGCAAGGGUGCUCCUUAGUCAGGGAGCGGACAUCGAACACGUGGAUAGUGACGGCUACUCUGUGCUCUCCUACUUAUGGGUUAACGAUGGACGCGUGGACAAUUCAGCUGAAUUCAUGCGCCUCUGUCGAACAAACAGCUUCUCCGAAGUCAAUGCUUGCGACAAUAGAGGGUGGAUGCCUCUUCACCGGGCAGCUGCAGUCGGCACGCCAGAAGAUGUCGAAGAGUUCAUGAGACUUGGAGCGUCGCUUGACCUGAGAGCGGACUGGUACGGCUGGACAGCGCUUUUCUUUGCUGCAUCGCACGAUAAUAUCAAGACAUUCCAGACAAUUAUUCAACAUUCGGGAGCGGAUGCCUUCCAUUCCCUCGAUGGAGACGGAUGGAACCUCUUGCAUUGCUGCACCUAUUUUGGUGCUCCCCGCGUCAUGAGAUUAGUGCUGCAGAGUGGCAUUGAUGUAAAUCAAAAGUCGCUGCCAGCACCACUACCAGAAGAUCCGGACUUGUCCUACAAAGAGCUGACUGCCUCUGAUAUUGCCAUCUAUAUGGGUCCCAAUAGAUACAAAAUGUUCAUGGACGUUCUAGCGGACACCGGCCGAGACGUGGAGCUUGAAGGCAGCGACGACUUCUUCUGGGAUGCAGCUAAUGUCAACACGGGCUCUGGCGAUGUCUCAAAUGAGGAGAAAGACGAAAUGGGGAAGCUGCUAACAAUGUAUGGUGCCGAAGAUUUUGAUGAUAGGUGGGCACUACUACACUGGGCAUCUUAUAACGGCUCGCCCAAGGUGCAAAGACUCCUCCUCUUGAGAGGAGCAGCCCCAGAACACUUAGAAGCCAUUAUGAUGGAUGAUAACCAAACGAUAUUACCGACGAGUCCAUUCGAGGGGCGCUGA